UGUGGUGGUUGAGUUGAGGGGAUGUUGGAUAUAAAGUGGUGGGGGUGAUAUGUACAUGUACUAUACAUACUAUCUAGGGGGGCACCGAGUACUACAACUAGGUACCUACUCUCUACGGGGUACUUGACUCGGCAUAUCCCAAACCACCAAUGGCGAGGCAUGAUAUUAACCCCUCCGGAGGACCAUCCGAGUCAGGGGUUCUUCCGCACCGCUGUCAUAUCCCGGUUCUGCAGGGGCUCGGGGCUCUGCUCGGAGAUUUGCCGGCUGUGGGAGGUGAUAGGGGCGUGAAGAUAUUGUUGAUCCACUUGCGGGAUGGCAUCAGGCUUUCUAAAAUGACGACUUGUGCAGACUCGGAGGAUGGGGAUAUGCGACGGUGUUUCUGGAGACCGAGGGAGAGAUGGGAUGACUGUACUGUAUUUCCUAAGUACAGAGUAGGGAGCAGGAGGGGCGGGAUAUCCAGACUGCGUAAUAAGUUGUCCACUUGCCAGAAGGAUGGCAGAUGGAUGCUUCACAUAAACACCCAAAAUUGGCAGGGGCACUUGACACCUGAAUUGUCAGGCAUAGUGGUGUUCCAGACUAGCCCGAUGGGGAAGGCUCCUUGCUGGCUUUCUCCAUCCGAAUCUCUUUCACCGUCUUGCUUCCCCUUGGAUAGAAAUGAGCAGAGCAUAACAUCAGGGAACUCUCUGCUUAGCUCUCUGCUCGAGACGCUUCCUUGAAAUGCUAUCCCAGAGGAUCUGGCUGGGGAAAUAAGGAUGGAAUCACCCGUCGAGCGCGUGUCGCGUCUGAGACGCGGAUCCCUGUCUUUUGUGGCUCGCGCGUCGGGGUGAAGAUUUGCAGAAGCAGCCUCUUUGGGGAAAUACGACGACACUCAUGAAUGGCAUUUACACCAGACCACCAGUUCUCCUGUUGGCUCGAACGGGCACC